GUUUAAAAUUGAAUCAAACAAUAAUUUAUACUGUGGCAUGAGAACUGAAAAUCUUGAUUUAUUUUUGGUUUUAAAUUAAAUAUCAUUCUUGUAUGAAUCAUCUCUCAAACUGUAUGUUGCACAAAUGCAGAAGCCGACUCUGAUGAGAUUUCAGAAACUUGGGUAUAUAGAUUUAAGUAAAAAUCAUCCAUAUGUUUUUUGUAGUAAGUAAUCUGGUAUGACAUAGUGGCUCCCCCCAAUGACCCUCUUGUACAUGCCCUUGUUCAGAUCAUCUACAACCUUAAGGUCACUAGCCCAACUCCAUGCCCACCUCUUGCUAACUGGCCUCCUUCAUGCUGAUCCACUUCCUUCCACCAAACUCAUUGAAUGCUACGCCCAAAUGGGCAACCUUCAAUCCUCCAGGCUUGUUUUUAAUUCCUUCCACAAACCAGAUUCCUUCAUGUGGGGCGUGCUCAUCAAGUGCCACGUCUGGAACUACUUGUUUCAAGAAGCCAUUUCAAUCUACCAUAGAAUGAUAUUGCAACAAGCCCUUAUGUGUGAAUUUGUAUUUCCUUCUGUUUUGAGAGCUUGUGCAGGUUUUGGUGAUCCGGGUAUUGGUUGGGAGGUUCAUUCGAGGAUAAUCAAGUCUGGUUUUUACAAUGAUCCUGUUACUCAGGCCUCGCUGCUCUGCAUGUAUGGAGAAAUUGGAUGCUUAGUUGAUGCAAACAAAGUGUUCGAUGAAAUGACAAUUAGAGACGUGGUUUCAUGGAGUACAAUAAUUUCCUGUUAUGUUGACAAGGGAGAGACAACUGAAGCAUUGGAGACGUUCCGUUUGAUGCUCCGUGAGGGUGUCGAACCUGAUUCAGUGUCAAUGUUGAGUGUAGGGGAGGCUUGUGGUGAAUUGGGUUGCUUGAAGUUAGGAAGGUCUGUACAUGGUCAGAUAAUGACAAGGAGGAUUGAAAAUGAUGAGUCAUUGGCUAAUUCUCUUGCUGUAAUGUACAGUAAAUGCGGUGACUUGUUUAGCGCAGAGAGGAUCUUUAUUGACAUCGCCUGCAGGAGUAACACUUGUUGGACAGGGAUGAUUUCUUGCUACAACAGAGGUGGUUGCUUCGAAAAAGCACUUGACGCUUUUUUUCAAAUGUUAAACUCUAAAUUUGAACUUAAUUCAGUAACCUUGACAAGUGUUCUAAGUUCCUGCGCCAUGUUAAGCCGAAUCAGAGAUGGAAAGUUACUUCAUUGUUAUGCAAUUAGAAGAAAUAUGGACCCUGAGUAUGAGUAUUUGGGACCUGCCUUAAUACAAUUAUACUCCCAAUGUGGGAGACUAGAUAAUUGUGAGAAGGUUCUGUGUACAAUUGGAGUGAGAAAUAUUGUGUCAUGGAAUUCUCUCAUAUCAAUUUAUGCUCAAAAAGGGUUGCUGAAAGAGGCAUUGAUUGUCUUUGUGCAGAUGCAGAAACAAGGUCUAAUUCCAGAUUCAUUUAGCCUAGCAAGUUCUCUUUCAGCUUGUGCAAAAGCUGUUUUAUUAAACCUUGGACAUCAGAUACAGGGUCAUAUUAUUAAGAGAGGUAUUGUGGAUGAGUUUGUCCAAAAUUCCUUGGUGGAUAUGUACUGUAAAUGUGGGUUUGUAGAUUCGGCUUACAUGAUAUUUAAUAACAUCCAAAAUAAAAAAGUUGUGGCCUGGAACUCCAUAAUUUGUGGAUUUUCUCAGAAUGGUAAUUCAGUGGAGGCAAUUAAACUUUUUGAACAGAUGUACUUCAAUUGUCUUGACAUGAAUGAAGUAACUUUCUUGUGUGUAAUUCAGGCUUGUUCUAAUCUAGGUUAUCUUGAAAGGGGAAAGUGGCUUCACCACAAGCUUAUCACCUACGGUGUAAGGCAGGAUCUCUAUACCAAUACAGCUCUUAUUGAUAUGUAUGCUAAGUGUGGAGACCUUCAAACAGCAAAACGAGUUUUCUAUAGCAUGUCGGAGAGAAGUGUGGUGUCAUGGAGUACGAUGAUUGCCGGUUAUGGAGUUCAUGGUCAGAUUGAAGCUGCUGUCUCACUAUUCACACAAAUGGUACAAUCAGGAAUGAGACCUAAUGAAGUUACUUUCAUGAACAUCCUAUCAGCUUGCACCCAUUCAGGCUCCGUGGAAGAAGGGAAGCUUUAUUUUAACUCAAUGAAGGAUUUUGGCAUUGAACCAAAUUCAGAACACUAUGCUUGUAUGGUUGAUCUUCUGAGUCGUGCUGGUAAUCUAAAUGAAGCAUAUAGAACCAUCAAGUCAAUGCCAUUCCAAGCUCAUGCUAGUAUCUGGGGGGCUUUGGUUAACGGGUGUCGAAUCCAUGGGAGGAUGGACAUGAUCAAAGUCAUUGAAAAAGACCUUUUGGACAUCAUUACAGAUGAUACUGGAUUCUAUGUUUUGUUGUCUAAUCUAUAUGCUGAAGAAGGAAAGUGGUAUGAAUCUGGGAAUGUGAGAUCAACAAUGGAAAGGACAGGUUUGAAGAAGGUCGUAGGAUAUAGUACAAUUGAGCUUGAUAAGAAAUUCUAUACAUUUCGAGCUGGGGAUACAUCAAAUUUACAAACAAAAGGAACUAUCAGCUUAGUGGAAAAUUUCCAGAAUUUGGCUUGGGAACAGGGUUUUGAAUUUUUGGAGUCUGAUAAUUACUUGACUGAUAUGUUAUUAUUUUCUAAAGAAAUUAAUGUUGAGUCCAACAAGGAUCUGAUGGUUUCAAUAGAAUGA